AUGGCGACCGUUAUUCACUUGAGAUCCGAAACCAAGCCUUUCGAGAGGCGCUCUCCUCUCUCGCCGCAGACCGCCAAGGCCCUCAUUGACGCGGGCUACGUCUUGCGGGUGGAGGAGUCGGCCGACCGCAUCUACAAGGAUGACGAGUUCAAGGCCGUCGGCGCCGAAAUCAUCCCUGCCGGUUCCUGGACCAAGGCACCCCUGGACCACAUCAUCCUGGGCUUGAAGGAGCUUCCUACAGACGGCUCGCUGCUACCGCACAACUUUAUCCACUUCCACCACUGCUUCAAGAAGCAAGACGGCUGGGCGACGGAGCUGUCCCGCUUCAGCAAGGCCAACGGGCUGCUGUACGACCUUGAGUUCCUCGUCAACGACAAGGGCCAGCGGGUGGCCGCGUUCGGCUGGAGCGCGGGCUACGCCGGCACCGCACUGGCCCUCCUCGCGUGGUCGCACCAGCUGCUGCACCCGGGCGUGCCUCAGCCCGCUGUGCCCGUGUUCGACUCGGCCGCGGAGCUCAUGACGCGCGUGCGCGCCGCCAUUGCCGAGGCGCUGCCCCUCAACGGCGGCGCGUACCCGCGGCUCAUGAUCAUCGGCGCGCUCGGCCGCUGCGGCAACGGCGCCGCCGCCGCGUGCGACGCGGCUGGUAUCCCCGCCGAGUCCCUGAUCAAGUGGGACCUGCCCGAGACGGCCAAGGGCGGGCCGUUUGAGGAGAUUACGGCUGCCGACAUCCUCGUCAACUGCGUGUACCUGGGCGCGCACCGCGUGCCGCCCUUCACCACGCGCGAGACGCUGUCGACGCCCGAGCGCCGCUUGCGCGUCAUCUGCGACGUCAGCUGCGACCCCAACAGCGAGAACAACCCGAUUCCCGUCUACGCCGGCUACAGCACGUUUGACAGCCCCACGGUCGCGGCGUCGGGAACGCUCGAGGGCCCGGAGCUGCGCGUGAUUGCGAUUGACCACCUGCCGACCAUGAUUGCGCGCGAGGCCAGCGACGAGUACGCGGGUCUGCUCCUCCCGAGCCUGCUUGAGCUCAAGGAUCGCCAGACGGCGGGUGUGUGGACCAGAGCGGAAAAGACGUUCCGUGACCGCGUUGCAGAGCUACCCUAA